CCCCCGCCCGCCCGAUGGCGUUCCUCGUCGCCGGGCGCGCGGCGCUCGGGGCCGCCGGCGCCCCCCCGGUGGCCGCGCACCCCGGCCACGUGCCUCGGGACCACGAGAUGCAGGUCGACUGGCCGCUGCCGAAGCGUCGCCGCGCGGACGCUGGUGGUCUCUGGCACCAGGGGACCGGGAGCGACUCGUCCGUGCUGUGGGGACUCCUGGACGCGCUCUCGCUGUACGCGAGCGGCUCCGGCUGCAGCUCCAGCGCGCCGGCCACGAGGAGGAGGCCCGGUGACGCCACGGACGUCGGGCGCCCUCGCCGAGGCCGUGCUCGGACGCUCCCACUGCUGGCCAGGCGGCGCUGCGGGCUGUCGUCCCCCGUGGGGCCCCCGUCCCCGAGCAGCUGCUCGGAUGCGGAGCAGCCGAAGG